UGGCGGGCGGAGCCGCCGCGCCGCGCCCCGCCCCGGGCCCGCGCAGCCGGGCUAGCCGCCGGCCGCCGCGGGCGCGGCUCCAUGUCGGCGCCGCCAGCCCUGCAGAUCCGCGAGGCAAACGCGCACCUGGCGGCGCUGCACGGGCGCCUGGCCGAGCUGGAGCGGCGGCUGGGCGCGGCGGAGGGCACCGUGCGGGGGCAGGCCCAGAGCCUGAUCCGCAAGGACGCCGAGCUGCGCGCCGCGCUGGAGGAGCUGCAGGCGGCUAAGGACAGAGAAAUUGCUGCUCUUCAGGAGAGACUGUCCUCAUCUGAGGAAACGAUUCAGAAGCUGUUGAAUCAGAUCCAGGAAAAGGACGACUUAAUUUUACAGCUGAAGCACAGGAGUCAACUUUUGACUAAAAUCUGCAGAAGCCGACCUGCCCUAGACAAUCUUCUGUCUUACGUGGCAGAAGGGGAACAGUUAGGUUCCAUUUCAGAGAGCCAAAGCAGUUCUAAUUCUCCAAUUCAUGAAGGGCUGCAAGAGACAGACUGCAUGGCCAAUCAAAUAUCAAACAACAAAGACUUCUCUCUCAGCGAAGAUGAGCUGGAAGAGCAAGAUUUGGAUAAAACCUUGUUCGGUACAACUGUAUGAACAAAGGAAAGGAAGUUGAGCUUUAUUACAAAUUUUUCGACACCAUUUUUCAGACUUCAUUUUUAAUCUGAAAGAAGUAGGUUCAUCUGAGAGUUCUUCCCCCACCUCGGGUCUUGCAAGUAGCUUAUUUUAUAUCUCCAUCACUAUGGACUGGGGAAAGGGGGGAUUGAUUGUAUGCCAUAUUCAAAGUUUGAGUAUGUUGGGGCAAUGAGGACUUAAAAGUUUCCUCUUUUCCUUAAUAAUGGGAACAUUUUAAUUAUACUUUUUCAAUAGCAUUUGCUUUUCUUCAGACCCAGAAGAUACUCCACUUUUAAGAAUACAAGUCAGAUACUAUCUGUGUAGUAAUCUUUCAGCUCUGUAGGCUACAAUAUAUUGCUACCUGCUUCUACUGGUCAUUUCUCAGUCUGCUGUAUAUCAGAGUGGUAGACAGUGAUCUUUACAGUAGCAUGGUUAUAUGAUCAGACAGAACAAGGCACGAUGGUCUCAGUUGCAGCAAGGGCUUAGGUUAGAUAAUAGGAAAAAAACCUCUCACCAGAAGGGUAGUAAAGCAUUGGAAAAGGCUACAUAGAGGCUGUAGAAUCCUUGGAGGUUUUUAAGACCCAGCUAAAGAAAAGCCUUGGCUGGGAUGAUAGAGUUGAGAGGGUUGGACUAGAUGACCACCUGAGGUCCCUUCCAACCCUGAUGCUCUGAUUCUGUGAUAUAUUCUAAGAAACAUAAUUGCUGACUUCAUAACCCAUUAAAAUAUUGUAUAAUCAUAGGAAUUAAAAAUCUUAAGUGUUCCAUGCUCUAUUAUUUCAGUCAGCAGAAGGAAGACUUUAAAAAUCAACAAAAGCUGUUUUUACUUGGAGAAGUUGGGCCAUGUACUUGAAAGUGUUGAAUUCCUAACCUGCCAUUUAGAUAUGCACUGAUAUAAUCAGUGAGAUUUGAAUUCACUAGUUGAAUUCUACCUUUGUGUUAGGUGAAAGUCAUUUUCAGUAAAUUUUUACUAAUUAUUUGCUUAGUGACGCUUAUGCAUGGACUCAGCUGAGAGGCAUCGGAAUAUUGCUUGCUGUGUGCCCAGAUUGAAGAAAAGCAGGAAUUUAUGGCAGGUUCUUGGUGAUGGGGGAGGAGACGAUACAGGCCCCCCCAAGAGUGGCUGUUGCCCAAGCAGGGGCUUCAGGUUUACAGGAAAGGAAUAAAGGAGGUACUUCAUUAGCAAAUUCUGUUUAAUAUUAUUGCAGUCACUUAUGGAAUUUUAAGGAAUAUUUCUGAAAUCUAAACUCCUAGGUAUACAGGGUGGUUAGUUUCUGAUUUGAUCACUCCAUUUUUUAUUUUUCUAUCAAUUUUGAUGAUUUUAAGUGUAUUUUAAAUUUUUUACAAUUACAUUUAUUUACUUUUUACAGCUUUUAAGAUCAGCACUAGUAACUCUGUGCAAGCAUUUGUCACUGCACAAUGUAGUUAGGUGUAACCUCCUUUUGUACAUAGUAAGUGCAUUUUAUCUAUGGGCUACUCAGAUCACUGUUCUUUCUAAAUUUGUCUUUCUACAAUUUUACAUUAUCAAAUUCUGACUAUCAGAAACUCUGUAUGCAACAUUCUAUAGCUGAAAAAGUACUUUUUGAUAUUUAUCCUACGUGCAUGUUUUUUAUAUGUAAUGGUCCUCUUUUUUUUUCUUCUUUUUUUAAACAGAAGCCAAAAUGGGAGAAUGGGUAUUCCACUUCAAAUAUAAGAGUAAAAGAAAUCUCACUUUGGAGAAACUUUUGCACAUAUACAAUAUAUUCAUAUAAAUAAAAUUAAUUUCUUGUAUUUUUUUAAAUAAACCUAAGAUUUUGUUUA